AUGGACCUCGAUCCCACUCCAUCGAAACCGUGGCGAAAGCCAAAAUUACAAAGGGUUGUCCGACCGGCGAGAUCAGCACACGUGCCUGAGUCAAAGUUCGAACGCAAAUAUGACGCCGAUUCAGGACAGGUAUAUUCACAGACGGAGGUCUAUUUUAGUCGAAGGCAGUAUUCAGAUUGGAUCGGAGAACCCAGAACUCCAUUGCUGGUCCGAAAGGCUGCUCUAGUUACCGACAGAGGGGCCCGCUCCCUCGCAGAUAUGGCUAGGAACAAACUUGCCAGCCAGUUCCACAGUCUGACAGCAGAGCAUUUCCUCGCUGUGCCGUGGCAUCUGGCGGAAGGGGUUUGGAAAGAACUGCUCGAUCGACGUGCGGAGAGCUUUCACGCUUGGAGGACGUUGGCCAAGUCAUAUCCCCAUCCAGAGGAAUUUGGUCAGCGAGAAUACAGAUAUCUAUUGGAUUUGAAGCAGCCACAGCUACCGCUUGCCGAGUAUAUACCUGGCAUCACAUCUCCUGGGCUAAGCUGGAUGACCUGCCUAAGGAUAUCCCCCAAGCAAUUGGCCACGGCGGAUCUCGUGUCUAUUCACAAGAUCACCAAUCUGGCAGUGCUUGAUCUUUCUGAUGGCCAGAUCACCAUCGACAAUAAGCAUUCCACGUUUGAUGAAAGGGUGAUGAGGACAUGGGGAGAGCUAUCGAUAUCAAGGCAAGCAUUCCAACAUCUCCGAGUGAUCAUGUUUGGCUGGCAGGAAAACUUGUCGGAGUGGAUAUUUAGAUAUGCAAAUCAGUUCCCAUCAUUAUGUCAGAUCAUUGUCACCGACUGUCCCCGGAUGCAUCAGAAGAAUCGUGCAGAGUGGGAAGACAUUGCCCAGGGAACUGGGUGGGAGGCUAGACAUGCAAAGAAAAGUGCGAAGAGCUUACGACCAGUCCUGGCCGAUCCAACAUUCUACUCUGGCUCUGUUUCUGGAUGCUACUACGCAAACCUGGAGCGCUUUGAGACAUUGGCAGUGAACUGCAAGCCGAUCAUCACAGACCCAUUGCCAAUGCUGGAAGUUUGGAUUGGCUCGCCGAGGCAAUGGUCUCAUAUUGUGGAAGACUUCCCAUCCACGCGAACGAUAGUGUUUGAUAAUAUCAAGACCAGUUCUUGGAGAGAGGCUAACAGGGUGGAACACACUGAUCGGGAGCAGAGUAAACGGGCCAGAAAUUCAGAAGUACCAACUCAGGGGAGUGCAUUGCCCCCAUCAAAACGAGGAGGGACCACUGCUCGCCCAAUGAGAAAGAGGCAGGAAAAGAGCGCUGCUGAUAUGCUUGGGGAGUUCCUCAGAUGA